AUGGACACCGGCUCAGAAUCGUUCCGCUCCCAGGACACACCGAACUCCGUCCUAUCGUCCGACUUCGACGACAACCCAGACCAAAACGUUUUACGCCUGCAGAAUCCUGAAAACGACGUCCUGAGACUAACCGAGCCGGAAGCCAAUCACAACGUGAAAACUAAUGUGCUUAAACUCAAGCAAGAAUGGAACGACAGUUUAGUCCUAAAAAUGUCCAACUUAAACCUAAAUCCAGUCGAGAACAGGCCAAAGAAUCUUGGCAUCAGUCCUCCUAGACACAGUUCUACCCUCACUUUGACUACUAACCAUCCUUUAAUGGGCCUAGGUAGUCCUGAAGAGAACUAUCCAGAUCUGAUACCAAAAAAGUUGCACAAAAUAGAGGAUGAUAAAGAUUUCAGCUUGUCCAGCAUUGAAGAUGAGAGACACAGUGAAACCAACGGCUUUUACAGCCCCCAACGCAACACAUCGAAAAAUAAUCUCUAUUUCACGGAGAAUUUCGUGACCGCUGAAAGUCAGAUCUUGACCGAAUCCAAGUUGGACUCUCAGUCCUUAAGUAGACUCUCCGAGAAGACCGAAAGAAGGGUUGUCGUGUCGCGUAUUAACGAUUUAAAAAUCGAUAUGACACCUCCGAGGCUAACUCGUGUUAAUAAUGGAAAAGAGGAUAGUGCCAUAAGGGAAUUCAUGGAGAGGAAUAAGCUUACUAGUCAAUCUCAAUCUACUCCUAAAUCUAGCCGUAAUGUUGAUAUUCCUGAAUCUGAAGAGUUCCAUAGUGGUGUAAGUAUUAAAAAAAAAUACAUUAAACGCUAAGCACUUAGUUGUUUUUCAUGUCAAUAUAUACUCAUAAGUAAUAGAAUGUUUGAGUAA